AGCAGCUGUGAUUGGUCCUUGGUAUGCCUUUCCGGCGGUCUGUGUGGUUGUCUUUCUCGAUUCGGUGCCGGGGCGCGCCAUUUUUAUAAACCGAGGAGUAAUAACAAUGGAUACCCACGAUGAAAGGUUGAUGUCAGACAUGUUGUUUUGGAAAAUAAACACUCCUGCAGGUGCCGCUGAAGAGUUCUCGAAUAGACUCCCCCUAGCGCUUUGGUGGGAAACUGCUGUGCGUCCCUAGAAAUUCCAGACCGAAGUUGCAGAAGCAUACCAGCAAAACUGGUUCGCAACCAGACGCAAGCAACAUUUGAUGCGUGCGGUUGCAGAAGUAUAAUCCGCCCUUUAGUUGCUUCAGUGAACGUCAGCAUUUAUAUUUUAUUCCGAAUGCUAGUCGUCCCUUAUCUUGCUUGGCAAACAAUUUUUUCUUAUUUUUUUUUGCCUGCACGAUAUCGCAUCUCCAGUUACCUGAUCUUGUAAUGCUUGUGAUUGCAAAAAAAUAUUGAACAAAAACAAAAUGUAAAACCAAAAAAAAAUUUAUUAACUCAACCUGGCCAUCAUAAUGUAAUUGAAUUCAGGUUUGAUUUAAAUGUUCACUAAAUUCACACAUAUAAGAAAAAGACAAAAAUUUAUUCAUAAUUAUGGCAGGGUGGACGACAAGAAGUUUAAUUUUCAGUGAGUUAGCAACCCUAGCAGUUAUUUGUUAUUGGGGUUACAAUCUCUCAUAUUCAUUAAGUGAAGCCUGGUGCACGUUGUCUUCAAGUGUUUUAAGUGUUUUUGAUUACCUUUCUGUAUCAUUCAUCAAAAUAGGUAAUCCACCAAGAAAUUUGCUUUAGAAUAAAUAUUGUCACUUAAAAUUCUCGAAUAGGUCACUUUUUUAUUCAGCUUUUAUGGUCGUUGUAAUUAUAUCCAAACUUUUGUCAGAAAUUAACCGACAUUUACAGUAACUUCAAACUUUAAGAGCAAUGUUCAUAAUUCACUCAAUUCUCAAAAGUAAUUGUUGGUGAGAACUUUUCCACUCAUGACCAGAAUUUGUUCUCUAAGACAAUGUAAAAUACAGAAUCUGCCAAAAGUAAGUAAAGCUUAUCUUGGAGCCACACACUGCCCCAUCCCUAUUCAGGCUCUUUUCUAUGUUUUCUAAUGUAUUUUUCUUACCUUGUACUAUGUUAUGCAUUGGUUAUUAAAGGAAAGUUUAGCAUAAGAUAACGUGUAAUUCAGAACACAUAAUGUUCAGCGUAUAAAGAUCAGAUAAUAUAGUUAUGAAUUAAUACAGGUCACUAUCUUCAGCGCUUUGUUAAAUAUGCAAAAUCUGCCUCUUUUCACACAGAUGCCUACAAGGUGCACAGUAUUCAUUCACAGUAAAGAAAAAAAAUAUGCUUUGGUGUUUAUUUUCAGUAGUCUAAUUCUGAAAACAAUUGGCAUAUAUACAGCAACUUUUUCUGUGCAACACUCCAGCAAAAUCACUCUUAAGCUAUAGGAACUUCUUGGCUGAACAAGGAUGAGGAAUCUUAGGUGAAGGAACACAGUUAUUAUCAAAGGAGACAAGAGAUCACCAUUUGAACUGGUUCCUCAAAAAAAAAACACACUUGAAUAAAUUUUUGAUGCAGUUGGGUGGAACUCGUCUACCGUUUAUCUUUGAUCAUCAGUUUGUCACCUCAGCUACCCCACUGAGUUUUGAAGUGUAGUGUGGGCAGUGGAUGAUCAAGAGGGAGUGGCAGCGCCAGAGGUAAACAGUCUGGAGAGAUGAACCUUAAGCUGUCUCCAAAGUAAGAACAUAGUAGCAUUUUCCCACCCUUAGGGUGAAGUCUGCCUUUCACCCCUGAGUGGAGGGAUUACUGUAGCCGCUCCCAGCGCUGGAGGUUUGGCAUCUGCACCCCCAUGUGCCAGUGAGUGGGAAAUGUUCCAAUUUGGAAAAUACAAUCUGGACAUUAUAGAGAUGUUAAGUGGGCACCAGGCCCACCAGUUCAAAGGCCUCGGUUUAGAUCGACAGCUACAGCAUCAGCAGCAAGUGCAACUUCACCAGCAUCAACUCCAGCAGCAGCAGCAGCAGGCUGAGACUUCUGGAGCUCUUCUGUCUGGACUUGGCCUGGGCCCCCUGCAGGGGUCAAGAGGCUACCAUGAUGACCACCGUUCUCAAGGUAAUCCAUCUCCGUGCUACUCUGGUGCCUCCCCCUGUGGAAGUGGGAUGGCCGGCCCAGCUCUGAGAAAGGCUCCCUUGGCCCCAACUCUGCAUCCACACUCACAGAGCCACAACCAGCACCACCAUCCGCAGCAGCAGCCCCACCUGCCUCUUUCUUCUCUACUGGAUGACUCAGAGGAUGAUGUCACUAGCUCUGUCAAUAAUGCAAUCUCUGCAAUAACAGCUGCUAGCAACAGUGGAAAUAGAGGGGAUGAUAGGGGAGACAUAAUAGGAGGUCUGCUUGGUGGUCUUGGAUUAGGACCUCUAGGCUCACCUUCCUCUACAUCGGGCAUAGAUAAGAAUUUCCGAAGUGGUGGGAGCCAAGAGGCUAUGAGCAGCAACCCACAGAAUCCUACUGCAAAACCAAAACGUCCUCGCAAACCAAGAGCUAAAAAAGAUCCUGCCACUGGUGGACAGCCCCCAAAACGUAGGCAGUACACCCCAAGAAUGGGGCAGAGUGGGCUCCCACGCACUCACCUUUGCAGUGUCUGCGGUAAGGGGUUUGCACGUCGUGAGACUCUACGCAGACAUGACCGCAUCCACACUGGUGAAAAGCCGCAUCAUUGCACCAUAUGUGGAAAAUAUUUCAGAGAGGCGUUUCAUCUCAGCAAGCAUCAGACAGUCCACUCUGGUGCAAAGAAUUACAAAUGCACAAUCUGUGGGAAAGAAUUUGGUUACUCCCAGAGCCUUAGGAGGCACAGCAAACUCCACCAGAAAGGAGAGCUGGAAGAGGUACCCACAACACCAGCUCCAGAGACCCUCAACAGCUUUAACCCAAAUACUCAAUGUAGCGUGGCACAAGACAGGAGCCAGAACCCAGCACCAACCACUUCUUCCUACUACCCAUACUCUCAAGACGUCAAGCCUCAAGACUCCAACCCUCAGCCACAGCCUCCUCCCCCACCUCAAUCGCAGCCUCCGCCACAGCCUCGACUUUACACCUGUGCUAUAUGCUGGAAGUCCUACCGUCAUCACUUCCAGCUUACUGCUCAUCACCAGAUGGUUCAUGAAGGCGGGGGGGACAAGUUCUUCUCCUGUGAGGUAUGUGGGAAACAGUUUGCCUACUCUAAUAGCCUCACUCGACACAGGCAGUCUCAGCAUGGGAUUACCCGAGCUGAACAGUCUAACCCCCAAGAAGGCAGCAGUGGAUCUGGAGAAAACAGAAGUGGGAGUGAUGUUAAUCAGUCUGCUUCUGAAAGCGAGGCUGCAACCAACGCUCUGCUUCAGAUGGCUCCAUCCACUGACGGUCAUGGAGGGCAGGGUCUUAGCGUUGUCACUCAUAGUCACCAGCAACCACCCCCGCAACCACCAGCUGGUUACUCCCCCCUCUUCUAUGAUGCUGCAGCAGCCCAGUCCUCCAGUGCUCCAUCUUACUCUCAGCCCCUCCCCCCCAACUCCACAAUCAUGCCCCCACAUCAUCCGCAUUCCCCUGCUGGGGUGAAGGGAGAACACAUUUAUCCGGCUGGGUCCCGUAGCCGCACCCUUCACACUACUGCCCCGUUCCAGCCCCUCACAGAGCUGCCCUCCACCGAACAUCACCAUCUGCAUCACCAUCAUCACCUCUCCCACCAUCAUCCCCAUCAUCAGUUAGAAACCCAGUCCCACCAACACUUUGAGUGCAACAUCCCUCUACCCCACGAUGAAAUGAGACGUCACAAGAAAAAAAAAAAAAAGUCCGACAGCAGAGAAUGGAGGGAUAAUAACUGGGGAGCCCAGGAUAUAGUGAGACAUGAUGGAGUCAAACGGAAGAAAAAGAUGAGCUGUACAAUUAGAGGGCAGCAUAAUAAGAAACAAGGUUCACUUCGUUUGACGAUUAGGCGAGGGGAAGGAUCUGGUGGUGGUGGGUAUAGGCUAAUCAACACUGCAGGAAUGAAGGUACAGAUCCUGUCAUCUCUCCAAGUCCCAGUGAAACGUUUCGGAUGCCCCAUAUGUCCCAAUUCCGUGUUUUCCCGCAAAGCGGGGCUGCUGAUUCACAUGGCAGUUAAACACCCACAAAAGGCCUUGAGCGCCCAGGAUCGGCUGAGGUGCAGAGUGUGUGGGAAGCAGUCUCAGAGGCCUUUGACAGCCUUCAUCCAUCGAGCCUUCCAUCGUGCCAGAGGGACCUUCUCCUGCCGUCACUGCUCCGCACGCUUCUGGAACGCUACACUUCUUCACAGGCACAAAGUGUCCUGCCGCCGCAGGGCUAAAAGACUGCAGAAAGGAGAUGGGAAGAGUCUGAAGCUUUCGAAGAGACCCGAUGAAAGACAGAAUCACGACAGUCAACAGGACAUGCCAUUUUUGCAGGAACCUUACAGAUUCUGAUCGUGGGGUCUAAAAGAAUGGCAUAUGAGAGGGAUUUUUGUUCAGUUAUAAAAGAGGAAACAGAGAUAAAACAGGGACUGGCAAAGGCAUCUACUGCCCUAAGGAUAAUUUUCCUCUCUUUUUCUGUUGCAUCUACUCUCCUAUUAGACUGAGUGUGUUAACAACUACUGUAGAAAAUUAUAUUAAAUAUCACCAGAGAUUCUUCCAGAUUAUAUUGGAAGGUAUUCAAAGGUGUUUUCAAAGACGUGACUGUUUCCAUAGGAUCAUGAAUUAAAACCCCUUAAGUGCAUUGACACUAUGCUUGGCUGACACUGUGCAGUUAUCUAGACAAGUUAGGUAAAAUGACCUGCUAAUGUAUUUCCCCUUACACAACUUAAGUUCCCUGCUACAACUCUUGCUGUAUGAUAACGUCUCUGCUGUGUAUUUUGUCUUGUUGUUGUUCACUUAGAGGCUCCGAGGAGUUUUUUUUAAUGUAAAGUGCAUUUAUUAGGAGUAGGGAAAUGGGGACAAAUAUCUUUUUUGUUAAUAGUAUGUCAGUGCAUGUUUGUUCUCUGGUCAAGUUUUUUGCUGAGGUUGUGAAAUCACUCCUGCAGUAUGUGAUGGUUUAUUCAGUAUAUCUCCAAAACUUUGUAGUGUAAACUUGAUUUGAGAGUUGCCCCUAUAUUCCUUAGUAACCUAAUCACACAUAAGUGAAAUGUAAGUUCCUGGUAAUUAGCAGUACAGUGAUCCCACUCCUGCCAAAAUGAAGAAGCCUUGCUUACAGUGUUUACUUUACUUUGAGGAUAUCCCUAGCUUUUAUACUGCAGGAUUAAAACAGGUUAAAAUAAACAUGUUAUACUCAUGUUAUUUCUACGCUAUUUUUUAGCACUGAUUAUUUCUACAAUACUUCUUCAAAAGACAAGGACCUAUCAUGAUAAACAAAUGUAAUAUUCCAUGUAUUUGUGUGUAACCCAAUGAGUCUUCAUGCCAGUACUCUACUUACCCACUUCAAGGUUUGGGUUUUUACUGAUUUGCAAUCAUGUUAUUAAUGUCAAGCCUUGUUUUUUCUUUCUUCAACUGAGUCUGAUGAAAUAAGUUUUUAAGUACAUCGUGUCACUUUAUUCACACAUGAAAUGUUCAUACCCCUGUCAAGUUUUUUGUUUUCUUCCAAAGGAAAAAAAAAAAUCUAGUUUUAGUAUAUUUCUAUCACAUUAUUUACUGAGAAGUCAGUAGUUGAUUAUAUUUCAGCAAUGAAUAAACCUUAAGUGUAAUAAUUUGUUUUCUUUCUUUUCUCAUCAUCAGAAACCUGCAAGCAAUAUCUAGAGCAUAGUACAAGAUAAAGGGUUUAACUUAACAAAAGUUGCAUUUUUAUUUAGAUAUAUGUAAAAUGUUUAUUUUUUAAGCCUUGGAUUGAUUUAGUAAACGUCAGGAUGUAGUUUCUAUAACAAUAAAUUUCAUUAAAGUGUUUAUUGUUUGAGGAUAAUUAAUGAUUUUCAGUACUCAAAUUA